GUUAUUAGCGUGUUAGAUGAGCGGCGCCAAUACGACUCUCUCCGUCUCCAAGGUAUAGAACAAGUUGUAGGGGCACACAGUGGAAAACAUGCAUCAGUCUCUCGCAGUUACCACGACAUACAGCACCGCAUUUUGAUUCAUCGUCUCCCACACCGACUGUCGUCCGUGGUCUUAUACGGAAAACUAUCCUACAGUAACAGAAAUACAUAGACUUUUACAUUUGUUUGACUAACUUUACUGCUUGUUAUAAGAAACGUUCAGGGCGUAUCACAAGCAGCAAUCACUGCUGAAUUAUCGGUCGCUCCCUCGUUGACCAAGAGGUAACGUCCCCAUUGGAUACAGCGGAAUAACUCGACAUAUAGAGAUUAAGACAUGUCAACAGAACAGGAAGAGAUGAGCUCGCCAAAGACAAGUAAAUUCUCCAUUCAAAGCAUUCUGAGUACUGAUAGCAGUAAGAAGAAACACGCUGACACCUUAUCGGAAGACAGGCCACCAUCGGUUGAAGAGGCGCCAUCGAAUGCAGAACGCCCUGGUCACAUUGUAUUUACCUCAGUGGCCCAACAUUACGGUGUGGAUGCAGUAGCCCGGCCGAGUCCGUGGUAUCCGUGGAUUGCCGCAAACCCGUAUCUUCAGUACGCAUUCGACCGCCACCACACGUCAGCGCCCACUGUCCAUCCCCCAGCACCAGCAACGCCAGCCAGCAGUAUCGGGAGUCAGCCGUCACCUGACUCAUUACCACCGAAGUCGGCUUUAUCGCCUCCACUGUCACAUAGGAACUCUUCGUCAGAAAAAAUAGAAACUGAAGAUGAAGAGAAAGGCCUGGAGGAUAAAAAGAACAUUGAUGCGGAAAGCGAUACAAACGAAAGUAAUGGUGUCGAAAAUGGAAGCAAUAGUGAAAACAAAAACAGGAGAAAGAAAAAGACAAGAACUGUGUUCUCGCGAAGUCAGGUUUUUCAGCUGGAGUCGACGUUUGACAUGAAACGGUACUUGUCAAGUUCAGAAAGAGCGGGUCUGGCGGCCUCGCUACACCUCACAGAAACACAGGUCAAAAUAUGGUUUCAAAACCGUCGAAACAAGUGGAAGCGACAACUUGCCGCGGAACUUGAGGCUGCCAAUAUGGCUCAUGCGGCGCAGAGAAUGGUUCGCGUGCCUAUUCUGUAUCACGAUAACGGACACGGUGACAACCAUUAUCCCCCAACAUCGCUCGUUUCACCAUAUCCAGGUCUAGCAGCAUACCAGCCACCAUACCCUCAUCUGCCGUCGCUAAGGCCCCCUCUCUCGGGCAUAGUUUAACAGAUGAACUCACAGCUUUGAACUUUUAGAUUUAAAACUAUUAUUGAACCAUUGACUACCAUGUUUCCAAUGAGGUAACUUUUUUAUGGAAAUAUCUACAGGAAAGCUAUCGUUCGCGCUUUUGAUGCAGCGACCAUCCUUCGCUUGCCCUGUAAAGGUCGGUUUUGAUCCAAUUCUAACUCAUAGCAUGUGUAAAAAUGACACUAUUUUUUGAAUGUGUAAAUACAGAGAAUUUUGGCAUAUAUUACUAUUAUAAUUAUUAUUGUGGCUAAUUAUUGUUGUUGUUUAAUUUUAUAUGUACACUUUGUUAGCGAUGAGUAUCGAGACUUCUACGUCAAAUUCACAUUAGAUCAGCAGCCAUCGGCCAACGUGCUACGCCCCGCUCAUACUGGCGAUAAGGCAGCUACUUACAUGCUACACUUAAACUUGCGUCUUUGUCUUUGUAAUUUCUAACUUAACACUGUUACUGGUGUGUGCAUAUCAGAGGAAUGGUUCACUGGAUCUACAGUAUCUAACGACGGAGUCUAGCAUGAGCUCACUUUAAAACGCAUAGUCAUUUCUGUCAAUUUAUGAGCCGUUAUCUCGCAAACCCCAUUUUACAUUAGAACGUCGCAUCUGUGUUACAAUGCCACGAUCAUGAUAUAUUUCGUAUGAUAAGUUUUUUAUCGCUGUCAAGUAUCACAGAAAAAGUUGCCCUAUUACCAGAAGUUCUCAUGUCGACGAAAGCAUGUGAACAUUAUUUUUUUGUUUAAAUAU